UACCAGAAGGCCAUUCGUCAUAACGGUAGGAUUGAGAUUCUGAAGAGAAGAAAACGGAGCGCUUGGAAAAAAGGACGCGUGAAUUCUGUACAUAAUAAGCCGCUGUGUGCAUUGCAUGGUUGAAUUCGGUAGAAGCUGUUGUGAACGAGAAGAGGAAUUAUACUAACUACCGUCAUAUUUCAAUUAUUUAUUUUAAAAGCGACAUCAUUUAGUGACGAAAAUCAGCAGGGAAAUACACCUGAUAAAUACUAUUAAAACAGUAGCUGUUAGGCACGGUUUAUUAUCGGUGAAACCUCCACAUUGCAAAAAAUUAUAUAUAUAUAUAUAUAUAUAUAUAUAUAUAUAUAGUUGUGCACGAUGUAACAGUGUCCAGCUCCAGAAAACGACUUAUGGAAGCGGCAACCCGUGUUUGUCUCGCGCUGUAAUGCAAGAUACAUUUAAAUCUGUUAAACAGACUGCUAAUAUUUCUAUUUAAAGGGCGUGGACCGAUUGAACAACAGAAAAAAUACAAAUAACAAAGCUACAGAAUAGCGAAGAUCACGAGAGAAUCAAAAGUGUUAAUAUGAAUUUGGAGAAUCCGAAGGCCUGGAACUUUUAGAAGAAUUAAAAAAAUCCACCGCACACUUUUGCACAAGGUUCAAGUACUAAACGUAUAUUUCCAACAAAAUCCCGUCGCGGGAGCAAAGAAAUCAUGAAACACUGAACUAGUAUGGUAAAAAGGGCAAGGCAUGGUGUUUGUUGAUUUUUGAUAUGGGUUAGUCGUUGAUCCAGGGAUUUAUUUAUGUGGCCGGCCGUCUGCCGUUUUUAGUGAACAAUGUGCAGUAAACUUGUGGGACUGACUGUGCAGGCGACCUGCUCUCCCUCUGGAGGUUAGACUGUGCGCUGAAGCCUGUAACAGCUGGCUCCUGAGAUGGAUAAGGAGAUAAUACUUCAAUCGGCCAUCUGCUAGUAAUAAAGAAGAGCGAGCGCAAAUGUUUUGUUGUACAAGCAGCCACAGUUUCACAUAAAGUGACCUCUGGAUUCAUACCGUUACUUUUGGGUUUAUUAAGGACACGUUGAGAUUGUUAUUUUCCCGCGUAUAUGAAUUAAACUUGCAAUAAAGCUUUUCGUCUGCUUUCCUUAUAAUUCUGUGUUUGCUGAACUUCAGGAUGAAGUUGAAGAAGCAGGUGACUGUUUGUGGUGGAGCCAUAUUUUGUGUGGCAGUGUUUUCAUUGUAUCUGAUGUUGGACAGAGUUCAGCACGAUCCUGCUCGGAGGCAGAAUGCUGGAAACUUCCCUCGGAGCCAAAUUUCAGUGCUACAGAAUCGCAUUGAACAAUUAGAACAACUAUUGGAGGAAAACCAUCAGAUCAUCAGCCAUAUCAAAGAUUCAGUGUUGGAACUCACAGAGAAUGGAGGAGGAGGAGGAGGAGCAGUAGGUGCAGGUGCAACUGGUGGGCAGCUGCCAUUCCGAAAUUCUAAUGGAUCUUGGAUUAUUCCCUUUGAUAUACGAUCCAGCUUCCUGUCUGUCAUGCCACAAGACUGCCAGUUUGCCCUUGGGAGCCAUGAGGAACAUAGUGAUUUGAAGAUGCUGAAUAUGUAUUCAAUAUUGAACUUUGACAAUAUGGAUGGAGGUGUUUGGAAGCAGGGAUUUGAUAUCACUUAUAAUACCAAUGAAUGGGACAAUGAACCGCUGCAGAUUUUUGUUUUACCACACUCCCACAAUGAUCCAGGCUGGAUAAAAACAUUUGAUAAGUACUACUUGGACCAGACACAGCACAUCUUCAAUAACAUGGUGGUGAAACUAGCAGAAGAUCCACGUCGCAAGUUCAUCUGGUCUGAGAUAUCUUUCUUUGUCAAGUGGUGGGAGAGUGUUGAUUCAAAAAAACAAGAGGCUAUGCGCAAGUUAAUUCUGGGGGGCCAGAUGGAGAUGGUUACUGGAGGCUGGGUAAUGACUGAUGAAGCAAAUUCACAUUACUUUGCAAUGAUUGAUCAACUGAUUGAAGGACACCAGUGGCUCAAGAAAAACAUUGGUGUAACCCCCCGUUCUGGUUGGGCAAUUGAUCCGUUUGGACACAGUCCCACAAUGGCUUAUCUGCUUAAGAAGUCCAAGUUUACCAGCAUGUUAAUCCAGAGGGUCCAUUAUUCUGUGAAAAAGCAUUUCUCUGCUACUCAUAGCCUGGAGUUCAUGUGGCGGCAGGCCUGGGCUCCUGACUCUAGUACAGAUAUAUUCUGCCACAUGAUGCCAUUUUACAGCUAUGAUAUACCCCAUACAUGUGGACCAGAUCCUAAGGUGUGUUGUCAGUUUGAUUUUAAAAGGCUUCCUGGUGGUAGAGUAAACUGUCCUUGGAAGAUCCCUCCACGAGCUGUUACAGAUCUCAAUGUUGCAGAGAGAGCAAACCUACUCCUUGAUCAGUACAGGAAAAAAUCGAAACUGUUCCGUAGUAAAGUUUUGCUGGUUCCACUAGGAGAUGACUUUCGGUAUGAUAAAGCACAAGAGUGGGACCAGCAGUACCUGAAUUAUCAAAAGCUUUUUGACUACAUGAAUUCUCACCCUGAGAUGCAUGUGCAGGCCCAGUUUGGAACACUUUCAGAUUAUUUUGAUGCUGUAUACAAACAGAAUGGUGUGGCACAAGGUUCAAAGCCUCCUAACUACCCCACAUUGAGUGGAGACUUCUUUGUAUAUGCAGAUCGAGAGGACCAUUAUUGGAGUGGAUACUAUACCUCUCGACCUUUCUACAAGAACCUGGAUCGCAUCCUGGAGUCAAACCUUAGGGGAGCAGAGAUUUUGUUCAGUCUGUCUGUGGCUCAUGCUCGUCACUUGGGAAUGGAGAAACGCUAUGCAAUGUCAGAUUACUCUUAUCUUACGGAAGCAAGACGCAAUGUUGGUCUCUUCCAGCAUCACGACGCAAUCGCAGGCACAGCUAAAGAAGCAGUUGCUGUUGACUACGGGGUCAGGUUGUUGCACUCCCUUGCAGGUGUAAAAAGAGUAAUGAUUAAUGCUGCUCAUUUCCUUGUGCUGAGAAAUAAGGAUAUUUACCGAUACUACCAGACAGAGCCCUUUCUUGAACCAGAUGAAAGACGUGCAACACAUGAUUCUUUGCCUGAAAGAACAUUGAUUGAGCUUGACUCCACUCCAAGGUAUUUGGUCGUGUUCAAUCCUGUUGAGCAGGAGCGAGUUUGCUUGAUUACUGUUCUGGUGAGCUCAGCACGUGUGCGUGUUUUGACAGAAGAUGGACAGACUCUGCCAGUCCAGUUGAGUGCACUGUGGACCUCGGCUACAGAGAUAAACAAGGAUGGCUAUCAGGUAUCUUUUCCAGCCCGCCUGCCUGCUUUGGGCUUGAUGGUGUUCCAGAUAUACGAUUCAUUUGACUCCUCCCUAACUCUGCGAUCAGAAACAAUUCUUCGGCUGUAUGGCCGAAAUCUGACUCCAAAACGAUUUGAUCCACUACCACUAAAGGUCCAUAGUACUGAACAGCAGGACUUCUAUAUUCAGAAUCAAAAUUUCCAGUUAUGGUUUUCUGGAACUACAGGCCUAUUAGAGAGUGUCAAGUUCAAGGAAAGCCAGCAGGAGAUGAAGCUGAAGAUUGAAUUCUUAAUCUAUGGCACCCGCCCUUCAAAAGACAAGAGUGGAGCUUAUCUUUUCCUGCCUGAUGGCCCAGCUAAGCAUUACAUAUCAAAGGAUCCACCCAUUGUCCGAGUUGUGGACGGUCCUCUCUUUUCUGAAGUUGUGUGUUACUAUCAACAUUUUCAGCUGACAAUACGCCUGUAUAAUCUUCCAGGUGUGGAUGGUCUUUCUCUAGAUGUCACUACAAUGGUUGAUAUAAGGGAUCAGGUCAACAAAGAGCUGGCCAUGCGCAUUACAUCUGACAUACAGAGUGAUGGGGUGUUUUUCACUGAUCUAAACGGGUUCCAGAUCCAGCCCCGAAGAUAUUUACAAAAACUUCCUCUCCAGGCCAACUUUUACCCAAUGCCAACCAUGGCCUACAUACAGGACAGCCAGCAUCGGCUCACAUUUCAUACUGCACAGGCUUUGGGUGCGACCAGUCUUGAGAAUGGUCAGCUAGAAGUGAUUUUGGAUAGAAGACUAAUGCAAGAUGAUAACCGUGGCCUAGGACAGGGUUUAAAGGAUAACAAGAGAACAAUCAACCAAUUCAGAAUCCUGCUGGAGAAACGGGCCACAUCCAACAAGCCUGUUGGCUUCUUCGCCAAAGUUGCCUCCUUGUUUCAUUCCAUCAUCUCCUACAUCUUUGGAGCCAGUGCCCAAGAGGUGCAGGAUAGUCGGCCUGUUAGCUUCCCCUCUUUGCUUAGUCACUUUACUUCAAUGUUCCUAAACCAUGGAGUUGUAGCCAUGCCAGUUUCUCCAAAGAAGCGUGGAGUGCCACCAUUGCAGUCCUUCAGCCCUCUGGCUAGUCCUGUCCCAUGCGACUUCCACCUGUUGAACCUACGCACUCUCGAAAAUCAGGAGGAGGUAAGCCCAUCUCUGGACACUGCACUUUUGCUCCAUCGGAAAGGAUUUGACUGUGGUUUGGAGGCUAAGAAUUUAGGCUUCAACUGUACCACCAACCAAGGAAAGCUCUUUCUUUCUGGAUUAUUUCAAAAUCUGGAUCUACUUUCCAUUCAGCCCAUGACGCUAUCUCUAAUGCAUGACGGUCCUUCCCUCUCUAAUGUUUCUCAGAUCCGAAUGGAACCCAUGGAGAUCUCUUCAUUUCGCCUGCGUUUUCGCUAAUAGCACUUGGACUUGUAUGUUGCAAAGUAAAAAAAAAAAAUAAUAAUCACUGUGGAAAUACAUGGAAGCAAAACUUGAAAACUGAAACAAGACUGCUGUAUCAGUGAGUAGUAUGUGAUGAGAGAGAUUCUGGCACACGUCUGUUGCCCCAUUUACACUGCACAACUUUAUAGAGUGGGCGUUGUUGCAGCAGGUGCUAAAUGGUUAAUUUCAAACACUAAAUGCUCUGAGGAUUAGUAGCAGAAACAUUGCACAGCUGGCACAGGUUUGUUGCUUUACAGUUUAGUGCCUCUGGGUUCAGCAGUUGUACUUUUAAACUGUAAUACAGCAGUGCAGGUAAUCAUUUUAAAUUGCUCCAUCUAAUUCUAUUUUAUAAGAUAGACCUACUGUUUUUUUUCAGCUGGAAGUGGAUUAUGAGUGAUUUAUCAUCGUAUGGACUCCUUUAUAAACGUGACUUGUCCGAUACUGUGAAUUAAGCCUCAUCUUUAAGUCCAGGCUGCUGCAGAAAGCUCUUGGCUCUGGGAUGUGGCCGCUGGCCAGGUCAGUGUGGCCUGCAGCAGGAUUGUCUGAACUAGCUGGGGCUACUGCUGAUUUAGUUGAUGUGUACUUAAAUUAAGUUGGUGUGACUGCUGAACUGAUCCAGCAGUCAUUUAAAGUUUAUGAAGUGACGUUUCUGGAGUUGAGCAAGGGCUUCACAGUUUAGUUUAAUUUCCAAAUGGAAGUUUAAAAAUAAUUGUGAGGAUAAUGAUGAUCUCUCUGUCUCCUUUUAAAGCUUGUAAAGGGACAUGGAUCAUCAAUAUGUUUGGAUCUCAAGUAUGCACACAUCUCUAGCUGGUGCAUUGGAAAACCAUACAUAUGAAAUGAAAUAUGUGUUUGAGCACUCAGAACGCCAUGCUUCAGUCCAGGUACCUUUAUAAACAGGAAAUAAUUGUUGUGCUACAUAUAUAAAAGUUCUGUUUGUCUCCUCCACCCCCAGGAAUGUCUCGGUGAGCGUCAAGUCCAAACCAAAAGUGCAAGUGCAUUGAACUGUGGGGGACUUUUGUUGCUGAUGCUAAGUCAGUAAUCUGAAAUUGAGCACGCUGAAUGUUUAUGGGGUGGUUAUCAUCCCUCAUCUCUGGGAGUGGGGGAGUUUAUUUUUUGUGAUAAGUUGCAAUAUUUCACACAAUGUGAGGAUUUUUGUAUAUUUGUUUUGGAUAUGGUUAAAGUGUGUAAAAAAAGAAAAAAAGGCACUUUCAUCUCUUUAACCAAACUUUAAAGUCAGUACAUGAGAAUUGGACAAUUUGAACGCAAAGUCUUGGGUUAUUUUUAAUCAGUUACUAGAUGAACAAGAACAGGAUUUCUUUUUUGUUAUAUAGUGGUGAUGUGUUCCAGACACUAACACAAAUAGAAUCAUCUUUCUUUGCACUGUUCCCAUUCACCUGUGUUGUGCUUUUUUCUUUGUAGACCAUAAUAUUCACACGGAUACAAAACAAAAUUAAUUUGCUUCAAUUCUUUGAUAAAAAUGAUUGAGCCAAAUUAAACUCCGUUAUCCACUCCUGUACAAUAAUGUAAGAAUCAUAAUACAAAUGUGUGAUUUAAUAACCUGUAUCUUAUAGAAAGUGAAAAGCAGGUAAAAUCUGUAGAAAUGCUUCAUACAGUUUUUAAAUAAAUGAUGACGUAAACAGAAUCAGUUCACUCUUCUGUUGCUUCCAGGUAUCUUGUUUUUUGUAAUGUAUUUCCUUUGGUUCUGCAUAUUUUGUAAUAGCAAGUAAUGAAUUAUUGCAAAAGUAAAUAAAAUAGAACUUUAAAGAUCA